ACCUUGUUGUGUUUGUGUUUCCAGGGUCUCCCACAGUCAGAUCACUCGCCUCUACAGCCGCUUUCACAGUCUCGAUAAAGGAGAAAAUGGAGCGCUCAGCCGAGAAGACUUCCAGAGGAUUCCCGAGUUGGCCAUAAAUCCUCUUGGCGAUCGGAUAAUUAAUGCCUUCUUCCCAGAGGGUGAGGAUCAGGUGAACUUUAGGGGCUUCAUGAGGACUCUGGCUCACUUCCGUCCUGUGGAGGAUAACGAGAAAAACAAAGACCCGACUUCUGGAGAGCCGCUCAACAGCAGGGCCAACAAACUCCUCUUUGCUUUUCGGUUAUACGACCUUGACAGAGACGACAAGAUCUCUAGAGACGAGCUGCUACAGGUUUUGAGAAUGAUGGUGGGCGUGAAUAUUUCUGAUGAGCAACUGGGAAGCAUUGCAGACAGAACCAUACAGGAAGCUGACACUAAUGGAGACAUGAGUAUCUCAUUCAGCGAGUUCACCAAGGUAUUGGAAAAAGUGGAUGUCGAACAGAAGAUGAGCAUCCGCUUCCUUCACUGAAAACCAGAUGUGUUCUGAACUCUGACUGGAGACCAUCAGUGUCAAUAGAAAUAAGAUACGCUCCCAGAUUCUUCUCUCUGUGGGCUGAUUCAUCCUUUUUAAACAUGAUCCUCUUGUCAUCAUGUUACGUUUAUCAUGUUACGUCUAUCACUCUUGAUUUGCUGUUGCACUAGAAGGCCGGAUCCAGUGCCUUCACUAUUCUCAAAAGUCACAGCGGCUUUUGUCUUGUAAAAUUAUAUUUAUUCUGGCUGUGAAAGCAGCUGAUUAAAACUUUCCAAAUGGCGAAGCUGUCACUGAUAUCGAUACUGGUGGAUGCUUGUUGUCAGGCCCAUUUCGUCACCAACUUAAAGGCCAAAUCUUCCCAGAAGAUUUGUAAGGGUGGAUAAGGCAGUUUUCAUUCUCGUAAUUUAUAAUGAUCUUAAGUCAACACAUAAGAGGGAGUGAAAAGGCAGAAUGCCUCUUUUAACUCAGAAAAAUGUGUUUUUCACUGAAUUUGAGUGAAGGGUUCUCUUUAAAUUCCUAAUAAACAGAAGAGAAGCAGUUCA